UGCCAAGACACUAAGUUAAGAUUUUUUGCUAGGGCUCUAGCAGCCUAAAUAUUAGAAAAUACAAGAAUAUUAUUCAAGAAUAGUAGGUAAACUAAGAAUUCUAUGCCUAGGCCUGCCUGUUCUGCACUGCAGCUGAUGUGUUGUGUGCUGGCGCAGCUGCAGCUGCCAUGGUGUGCUGUCGCAACUUCAAAACACAAACCUUCAACAAACAAACCUUCAACACUCUAUAACUCGCGUUGUAGUAGGCCUACAACAAUAAUUUUUUGCUUAUUUUAAAGCUACAAUUUCGCUCUAUCUGUGCAUGAAAUUUCGCAAUUUUUAAAUAUUUAAUACUAGUACUAGCAGAACUAAGGGUAGCCAUGCAACGACGUUGCAAUGUUGUUUUAAGUUUAUUAAAUAUAGGCACUUAGCGUUUUGGCUGUUAGCAACGUUGGCGCGAAAUUAGGGCUGUUGGGCGCAAAUUGGGGCCGUUGGGGCCGUUGAACAGCUGUUGCACGACCAUGCCACGACUGUCAGCAACAGCCAGUCUAGGCCGGAUUUCGAAAAACUUUUCCUGAUG